AUGACCCAGCUCACAGAAGACGCAAAGCAAUACCGAGAUCCGGAUGACCGAAUAAUCGAUGAUGUCAGCCGGGUGGUCAUGCAAUUGACCAACUUUUGCGCGGCCCUCAAAGAUGGCAGUAUCACACAGCCCAGCGAGAUUAUCCGCCGGACUCUAAAUCUUGACGCGGACCUCACGUCAAUACUCCUUACUGCACCUCCCUCGUGGGGGUAUAAAACAGUCAAGGUUCCGCUGGUAGACGGGGAGCCCAUCACCAACACCGUUUGGGGUGAUAGUUAUCAUGUGUAUCGCGAUCUUUCCGUGAGCGGCCUUUGGAACAAUGCUCGCUCUGCGCGACUCCUAAUGCAUGAAAUGCUUCUCGAGGCUGUGAAAUCACUUGAAAAUUCAUCACCGGGAAGCAGCGGCCUCCACCAACAACAAAUUAUUGCGAGCCAAAGCCGACAAAUUGCGCACCAACUCGUGGAUGAUAUCUGCGCUAGUGUGCCUUUCCAUCUGGGCAUGGGCGUGGAGGACACCUAUGAAUGGCGAUCUUCUGACCAAAACGUCGGCAGUGAACCAUAUCCUAUCGCGCCAGGAUUGGAAAAUUUGGAUGGCUCAUUUCCCACCGCAACUUUACCAUGGGCGUCAAAGCCCGCAUUUCCAUCUACUGAGAGGGCCUCAUCUUUGGAAACAGACGCAGCAAACCUGGGAUCCUUCCUGCCCAACAUGAACAUGGAUUCGGAGACCCACUAUGCCGCGCCUCUGCCUCCUAGUUUCGAGGUAUCAGGGGCAGGGGGCGUCACUCUGGUGUGGCCUCUGUUGAUUGCUGCAAACUCUGGUUUUGCAUCCCCCGAGCUACGAAAAUGGAUUACUGGCUGUCUUGAGAAGAUUGGACAUUCCAUGGGAAUCAAUCAAGCGUUAGCCAUGGCACAGAUAUUGCGGGAUGGGAUGGAUUCUCGGGCCUGGAUAUCGCCAGACGGCUCUCCAAUCCAUGACACUCAGUGA